UAUACGUGUGUUUGUGUGCGCGCAUGUGUGUUCGCUCGCGUGUCCCUCGGUAGAAAUACUUGAUGACGCCGUGCUGUGUAGAGAUAUUGUCGCGAAAUAUAACAUAACCUCCAAAUACAAUGCUCGGACUGUUAUCUGUACCGUUUAAGGGUCCGUUCUCGCGAGGAAUUUGAUUUUCACGUUCUUGAGACCGAUUAUCACGCGUGCCCGCCAGCUCGUCGCAACAUGAAAGUUAUCGUGAAGAAGCUCCAGGGAAAAGAAUGCGUUGUUGACAUUAUGCCCUCGGAUACAGUCCUACAGCUGAAGCACAAAGUCAGCAGCCUCCUGGGCAUAGAUGUUCCACAACAGAAACUGUUGCUCACAGGCAAAGCACUAGCUGAUGAAAAUCCUCUGAGCUUUUAUCCGGGCAUCAAGGAUGGCAGUAAAUUAAAUUUGUUGGUGAUUAAGAAAGCCGAGGAAGGCUCUAGCGAAGGAAAAGCACCACAUCGCAGGUCGGGCACGUAUCUCCUACGCGAUGAGGUCUCUAGAGUUCUAAGGCAUUAUUACACAGAAUCAGAGACAGAAUCGAUAGUCAAUGAGUUGAUAAAAGACCUAAAGAAUAAAGUAAAUAAUCUUAGUUAUGACGACUUAGAACGAUUAGCAACAGCACUGCUCCAGGACCAAGAGAACAUAGCUUAAGGAUACUUGGAUUUUCCAAUCUCGCUUAUUAUUUGAUUAUCGUAAUACACUUUUAUUUAAUUGAAA